GCAUCAUUAUUGGUGGCGUUCGUUCCAUGUGCUUGUCAGAACGGAGAGGGUCGUGCACUUGAUAUUGAAUCGUUCGCGCGCGACCGUAAGUAUUCGGGUUGGAUCGGGGGUUAUCGUUAGAAUUCGACAGUGCUCGAUGAGUUGCGGAGCGUAAUCUGUACGGCCGCCGGAGCCCCCUUGCGAUAAACAGUGGUGCCAUCUAGCGGAACACCUCCCGUCUCUCUGUACUGUACGACUGCAAUCGUUGCAUGGAGUCAGUCGUUUCACGAAUACCGCGGGUGGUUUGCGCGAAGGCUCGCCGCCGCCUUUAGCCGUUGCGCGACGGAUCGUCCGUCGUUUCGCGGUCCGAGGUUCGUCCGCGUGUCUUCGACCACCUUUCCCGCCUGGAUUCUUGUGCGGUUUUACUCGUCGAUUUGAGUGACAAUCGCGAGCGAUGUAAUCGUGCCCUGACGUCACACGGCUAAUCAAGUGCACACACGAACGCAACACAGGCGCGCGCGCGCCUGCUACUCGUAUUCGUAUACACGGAUGGUCUACGUAGCUGCUCACGGUAUACUACAUACAACACGUAUACAGCCGUGCACACGGCUAAACUGAUAGAGAGAACGAAGGAAAGGGAAACAGUGUGCAAGAUCGCAAAAGACAGAGGAGAAAGAACGGAAACUGAGAGAUAAGAAAGAAAGGGAAAUAUAUAUAUAUAUAUAUAUAUAUGCGUAUCUACAUAUAUAUGUAUAUGUUGCGUAGCAAGAGAACGGUAUUAGAGAAAAGGGGUGAGGCGUAAGACGUAUAGACGGAGGACAAUUCACACUUGCAUACGUCUAUGUAGGCUUGUACGAGCCUUUCGCCUUUAUAAAACAUUAUGCGUAGAUAUUACAGCGAAAAACACGAGACGGUAAGAAGCACGAAAUUCUUUCUCCGGUUGAUAUAUUCAAGCAUCGAUUUUUCUCGAACGACUUGUUUUUGUAACUCUCGCAAAGUAUUUCGCGUUUUCGACACGUGCAAAACAAGGCUAUGAAAUAGAAUAAAGAAGAAUCAGACGAAAGAGCGAGAGAGAAGUGUCUACAUCUCGUGGCGCCCCGUUGUGUUUUUCUACGGAAAACUGUGCUCGGAACCUGCGUGAACUUUCAGAGUGGAAGAAAACGUUUAGCAAACGGAAGAGAAAAAUGUUUCUUUCAGAAAGGUAAACUGAAAGGGGAAGGAAAAUUUCAUUCGUACGUAUAUCAUUUGAUCUAAUCAGUGAAACUCAGUGAGAAACCAAACGAAGAAGUUUGAACUCGAACGACAAACUUCAAUGGACAAAACAAGUUUUAUCCCAAUCGAACCGGUCAGUGAGUGUAAUAUAAUUUUUGUGUGUUAUCUCUUGUUGAAGCCUUUUUUCUUGCUGUUAUGUGAAUUUUUAUCAUGAAUAUAGAAGUGUGUAUGUGCGACACGAUUGCGGGUGUACCUUGUUCGUGCAAUAAUAAGAAAGUGGGGUCUGUACGUUCCGUUUUUAUUAACUUGUCGGACGGUCCACUGCUUUGAGAGUCAAGUUCGUCGCGCUUCGCUGUACGCGCCGUGUCUGGUGCGCACAUAUUUCCUCGCGCUUUCGGUUGCGCUCCGCGACAAGCUUUCUAUUCCAAGUGAGAUGAAAUAUAUCCUCUCCGUCAUAUCGAGAACUAUCGGAUUGGCAAAGAUUACGAAGAUCUGUAAAAGCUGCAGUGCGAGGAAACCUCAUCGAGGAGGAUGAAAGAAUCUUUGACAGCUCAAUCACGACAAGACGAUUCCUAAAAGAAAUAAUUAUUCUCAGGCGUUCGCACCUGAAAUAUUCUCUCGUUGGUGUCUUUGUGAGAAUUGCUUAUUGAAUAUUUAUAGGAGAUUGCUCGCAUAGGAAAGCAGACAGAGAACCGUUCCUGGCCAGUGAUAACAGUCGAGUUCGAGAAACAGGAACGUCUAAGUUUUCUAUUCUUCGUCGAUAGAUCACGCAUACGAUAAUACGCGGUUAAUGAUGGAAGGAAAAGCUGCGAAUAUCUCGACGUGCACGUGAGCGAGCGAGAAAGUCGACGUGUCGAAAAGUGAAGUCGAUAUUCGAGGGCGAAAAGGAAACGAUGUGACGGCGCUGCUCGGUCGAUAAGGAGAGUCAUAUCGUGUAAAGUGCCAAGAAGACCAGAGAAAAAGAAAGUGUACUUAAUAUCAGUUAUUUUUGUUUUACGUUCGCGACAGUGAUCUUGUGUUAUUGGUGACGUGACAAGAUUCUUGGGUGAAAGAGACGCCGAAUGUCGGUAAACGAAGAGGAAGCGCACGAUAGGACGAUGCGAUUAAGAACGCACGUUCGGCCAGUGAGUUUCGGUCGAGGAAAGGAAACUAUUCGUCUUCGUUGAUUUUUCGUUGUUCUCAUCAACACGGGACGAAACGACAAGUGACCGACAGUGAAACGAAUUAUUACGUUUCUUCGUUCGUUGUCUUUACGGACUCGCGAGCCACUAGGUACUCGAUUCGUGGUUUCGGACUCGACGGAGGAGAAGCGGCAAUUUUCUCCGCGAAAACGAGAUAAAAAAAAGAAAGGAUUCCGCGAAUUUGACAAAUUGGAAAAGUGUUGGUGGUGAUUAAUAGUGGUGCGUUCGUUGAUUGUUGGUGGUGAUAUCCGCGUUAUUGGUUGUGCGAGGGUGUGGUGAAAAAAAAAAAAAACGGGGUGGUGUGGUGGUGGCACAUCGUGUAAAAAGAGAACACUCGACUGUGACUCUUAACUCAUUACCACGGAUCUCCCCCGGCAGUUUGACGCCACAGCCAUCCUCGAUGAGAGGAGGCACAUGUCCAUUGCUGCCGCUGAAAAUGCAGGGCCUAGCCCGUGUGAACUACAGGACCCACUGUGGGUCAAAAUGAGUGCGAUUACUGGCAGCAUCACCAAGAAAAGAAAGAAAUCAGAUGCCAAGCCUCAGUCGCAGAUUAACAAGUGCCUUAACGAAAAAAGACGACGGAACCAGGAGAACCUGUUUAUCGACGAGCUUGCCGAGCUGAUUUCCGCCACGGACAUGAGCUCUGGCAAGACUGACAAAUGCCAGAUCCUUCAGAGAACCGUCGACCAGAUUCGGCACAUUAGGGAACAGGAAGGCUCGAAUAGUCAUGCGGUACAACAGGGAGAAGUGUCUUCUUCGAAUCCUAACAUACUGUCCAACGAUCAAGUUGGUCCUAUUUUACUCGAGGCGCUAGAUGGCUUCCUUUUUGUUGUAAAUACGGAGGGACGAGUGGAGUACGUAACAGAUAACAUAACUCAGUACAUAAAUUACACGAAGGACGAUGUGCUCGGCAAGGAUAUUUAUAAUAUUAUUCAUCAUGGAGACCACAACACCUUCAUGCCGAGCUUGUUGCCUAUACCAUUAGCCUGGAUGAACGAGCAGCCGCCCCAAAGGAACCGUACCUUCAAUUGCCGCUUCUUGGUGAAGCCUCCCGAUGAUAAAGAAGAGACUAUGGAGGAGAAGCAGCAACGAGUAUCAAAAUACGAGUCUAUGCAAAUCUGUUCAGCUCUUUUGCCAAAUAAUAGUGAUCGUCUGGAGAGCGGUGACGUAUCGUCUGAAUCUUCAGACAACGGUCCUUGCGUAAUGUGCGUGGCUCGCAGGAUACCCCCAAACGAGAAGCCCAUUGGUACGCCCAUCGAACAGUUCACCGUUAAGUUGGACACUACGGGGAAGAUUAUCGCGGUUGAUGUUAUCUGGUUAUCGUCUCCUUACUCCGAGUACCUAAGCAAGGAGCUAAUUGGCACGACGAUAAAGGACCUGUGCCACCCUCAUGAUCUCAGUAAGCUAACUGCACAUUUGAACGAUACGCUUCAAGUCGGUGAGAGUACCAGUGGCGUGUACCGACUACGCGUUAGUCCUGAUAAGUUCCUUAAUAUUCAAACAAAGUCAAAGCUUUUCAAAGCAAAUGUGAUGAACACACUUGUUGCCGACUUCAUUAUGGCCACCAAUACCAUCAUUGGGGACAAUGACUUAACGCCUAUCGAGGGUGGUCAGCUUUCCAACAACAAAGUGUGCUCUGGACACUCUAGUAACCGUUGUGCGAAUAAUAGUAAUAAUAAUAAUGGUAACAAUAACAAUAACGUGGGUGGCCCGCUGAUGUCCGUGGCGCAUCUAAACGGUCAAGUGAGUGGUAUCAGUAGUCGGGGGUUGGCGGGUACGUCGUCGCACACCGGUACCGCCGCGACAUCGUCAAACUCGAUAGUGUUUAGCGCGGCCGAGUCUUGCAACCCCCUGCCGUCGCUGAGUACCAGUAAUCCGUUCAACCACUUUUCGGGGAACAUGGACUUGGAAUUCGAGCUCUUCCCCAGUUCCACAUGGGACUUGGAUAGUAACAGCGGGUGGGCAGAUAGGCCCGAAUCGAGAGCGAGCGGGCCACCAAAUUCACGACCAUCUUCCCAGCCAGCCCCGACAUCUCCGAGUCCCCAGGGAACGUUCUCCUCUAACUCGGCGGUGGCGCCUCACUGCAGUCCCCUACGCGCGUUCAGCCCAACUUCAGGCAACGCAGCUCACACCUUCAGUAAUUCGUUCCCCUUCAGUCCGCUUCAGGAAUCACAGACGUCCUCCUUGACCAACAGCGCUACUAGUAGUGUUAGUGCCAACGGAGCCGCCGGAUUGACGCCCAAGAGACAGGAUGAAGGGAAGACCGGAUGUUCGACGACCAACCAAUCUGCCAUGGAGGCGAGCAACGCGAGAAACAACGCGACCUCCGUCACUGGAACUGCGGCCGUUGCAGCCGCAGCCGCAGCCGCAGCCGCGGCUGGCCAAACUGGCUCCACCGGGACCGUUAUCGAAACUCAGAACAGUGUUGUGUCCACCGAGUCUGGUAGACUAAGAAACUUGUUGACCAAGGGGGCUAGUGCUAGUGAGGACAGUCAGGACAAUGCGAAUAACGAUUCGGAGAGAGAAAAUAAACAUAGAAUAUUGAAGAUCUUGUUGAAUCAGCAAGACGAGGACGAUUUUCAUCCCGAGCAUAAUAACAAAGUGCGCACGAGUCCUAGCAACAUGCCGAAACCGAGCAUGGAGCAUUCGAAAUCUUCGCUUGGAAAUAAUAUGCUGCUACAGCUAUUAAACGAAAAGAACGACGAUGAAGAUGAAGAGGCUCGCAUUGGCUUAAAGAAGAGGAACGAACUUCUGCAACAGCUUCUGAAAGACCAAGAUGACGAGAGAAAAGUACAAGAACAACAGUGUAAAUCACAAACUCGGGAAGAGGAUUCUCUGUUGCGAAGUCUUGGAUUUCGGAACACGACACCAUCGCCGUCUCAAUCAAGCGACAAUGUCGGACACGGUGGUUCCACUCAAGUCGGUCAGAAGAGACCUGGCGAAGAUGGUGAUGUGAACAUAGCCGCGAAACGGCCCAUGGAUGGAUCGCAUCAAGUGUCUUCUUCUGGCACGUCCACUAACGCGACCAGCAAGCUCUGGGAGAGGAACAAGAUGUUGGCUUCGUUGUUGGCCAAGCAACCUCCUCAGCCAACCACUAUCCCACCAAUACCUGCAUCUGUGAUAUCGGCUACCCCGCAGGACAAGCUGCUUCGCAUAGGGUUAAAAUCCCAACAGCAACAGCAACAGUCGCAACAACCGCAAUCCCAGCCACAACAACAGCAGCAGCAGCAGCAACAACAACAACAACAACAACAGCAACAACAACAACAACAGCAGCAACAACAACAGCAGCAGCAACAGCAGCAGCAGCAACCUUGGACAGGUGGCAGCUUGCAGUCGGUUGGUGGCAAUAAUACGAUUACGACUACCGCUACUUCCGCACGUACUCCUCUCCAAAGCCAGUCGAGACAACUACCUCGCCAAACAACCAAUACCUACCUCACUCAUAUGCUAAGUCAGCAACAAAGACCUCAAAUUGGUCAAAUAGAUUCGGAAUUUACGGGCAGCGGGGAGUAUCGGCAAACGAGCACCGAUCCCAGUGGUUGGGAUAACCAGUCAUCAGAUCCUGAUCUUUCCGAUAUCUUAGAUCAAGUUAUCGAGUUCGUGCCGGAUGAAGCUAUCACAGAUUCGUCUGCGAUAGCAAAUCUCCUAGAUGCAAUCGAAGCACCGCAAAACAACGCGUUGAACGAGAAGAUGGCGAUUAACGCGAUACAGAAGUCGUUGAUGUUAUGCGAGACUGCCGUAAAUCCAACGUCUUCCACCAUAACAAUUCCUGGCACGCCUCCAGCUUACUCUACAGCAUUGGGUACCACCCCUGUAACGACGAGUCAUAGUUACCAGCCACCACCGAUAUAUCAACAACAGUCAAGGAUGAGGUUUAAUACGCAACCGGGCGUCAGGCAGACGACCGCUCAAUUCACGCAACAGCAGCAAUUACAAAUGCAACAGCAACGGACGAAAAUGAUACAGCAACAACAACAGCAACAGUUGAAGCAGAGGUUGCUGCAGCAACAGCAGCAGCAGCAGUUACUCAUUCCUUCCAAUGCUACAGCUACGGACCAAAUUACUACCGGAAUUCACAAUAUCGAUAACCUUUUGAACAAUACUGUUGCGCCAAAUGUAUCGUUACAGCGGUCGAGUGUUCCAGAUUCACAAGUGUCUCCAGGUUAUGGGGGAUCCGUCCAGAUGCCUUCCGGUCAUCGACUUGCUCAUUCGUAUUCUCAUCCUUCAACGUUACCACAACACCCUAUCGUAAACAGUAAUUUUAACAGUGGUCAACAAGUGUCUGUGGCAGCGCGACUCUCGCCGCACUCUCCGGCUGGUAUUUUGUCAUUUUCCCACCCUCAGCCGUUGUCGCCACGGGUGACGCAAGGCAACUAUGGUAAUACCCCGAGAUUAUUCACCGUUAACCAGGUGAGAUCGCAGCAACAACCUACCGCGCAGCAGCAGUUGCAGCAACAGCAGAGAUCAAUGCCGUCGCCAGGGACUCCAGCAUCUGCUCGGCAGUCUCCGUUUCCUGCGGAAACCUUUCCCCCACCUACGUCCCCCACAGCCAGCCAAUUUCCACCUGGCCCUAAUCCUGGUGCUCCAAAUCCUUCGACCCAAUAUCGGUUGCAACGGACCACUUCUACACCUUCAGCUACGACUCAGUUGCCAGGUGGGGUAGGUUCGCCCCGGCACUACGGCGGAGUGAGUAAGGAACAACCUCUUCUUUCACCUAGUCAUCCACAUUCGGGUUGCAACCCGGCAACACCGACUCACAAUCAACACAACGUAACGAAUACCCAACAACACUUCUCCAACCAACAACAUUCUUCUAUGAUAUACCACACGACCGCCAAUACUAUCAACACUGCUGACAUGCAGAACAAUCAGUUCUGUUACGAUCGGACGUCUGUUCCACUCUAUUCGUCAGGGCCUGGGGACACGCAGGAUGCCAGGUCUUUGCCUCCCGGUAAUCCUGUCAAUCACCAAUUGGGUGGAAAUGCUAGCAGCACUUCGGAGUUCGUAAGGCAAGAACUGAGAGCGAUCGUUGGCGCACGAACGCAACAACAGCAACAACAAAGGAUACCUAACAAUAUUCAGAACAACCUUUCUGGUCAAGUAUCUCAGGAUGAUCUCGAAGCACUCGGUCUGACGUUUGAAAUGUCUUCUGCAGGUGAGGCUGUGGUUAGCGAUGGCCCUGCCAAGAGCUGGGCCAUUGGGAGUGCCGGAAGUGCCCCCUCAUCCUCCAGGACUUCUAUGGAGGAAGUAGCUCGAGGUGAUCCGAAGGUGAACCAGUCGUCCCUGUUACAGAAACUGUUGUCCGAGUGACUGCCGGCCAACGCUCUGCACAGUAAAGGGAUCUAUGUAAUAUACGUUUGAACGCGAAACCAGAGACAGGAAGAAGGAGAAAAGGGAAGCAAGGAAUAUGAGAACGAAAAACGAAAGGGAAGCAAGAGAAUGAGAGAAAAGAAAUUGGAUGGAAAACGAUGAUACAUGCACGCAUGUACACCAUAUACGUAAUGGAUACUAAUUGUAUUAUAUGUAAACGUUGCAACACACGAAGUCAGUAUUCAGAUACGUAUCACCAAAUACAAUUUCGAAAGAAGAAUUAAAGAAAAGAAAUGUUAGACCGCUGCGCCGUGCUCUCCGUGACCUCUUUGCGUAUCGAACAGUUGGAACUCGCGGAACAAGAUGUCAGGGAACGUCGACCGAGUGCAUCGACGUUAAACUCGCUCGAACUCCAAGGACGAAAACGUUUCCGUUUUUCGUUUGGCUGUGUCGAGAUCUUUUCCACGAUUCUACUAGGUCGUCCUUGACCUCGUUGACGUUGAGACGGAUGAUCUUAGUUUUCGUGAGGAAUAACCGGCAAGGUGGAUUAGUGUCGAUGAACGAUCGAACCAACAGCAAUUGGUGGAUCGAAAUUUGUGAAUCGAAACGGAAGAAAAGGUGUGAGAACAUGGAUCUCGCGAUUCCACGAUGUUAGAGGAUGAGAGAAGGUUUGGGCGCGGGGAGCACGUGGCACGAUAGUGCGAUGUUCUUAUUUUAUAUAUAUACAUGGAUAUAUAAAAAAGAAAGAAAGAAAGAAAG